AUGCCAACGUAUAAGACACAGGUUUUCCCUUCGGCCCCUCAAGGCCUGAGCCAGAGGAUGUCAAAGGAGUUCAAAAGCAAAGAGGUUGCACCAAAACUGGUGAGAAAUGAAAUCAGUGCCAUGAGAAUAACUCCGUCUGUGUUUGAACAAGAGAUGGUCUUGUCUACAGAGCAGCGUCUAGCUAAAACUUUUGAGAUGCACCCACCUCGUAUUUUGGAACUUUUAGACAUGAGUAUGAACACACACCACAAGUUCUCAUCAGUGGAUAUGGAUCAAGCCUUGUUCCAGCCAUACCCAUGUGAGAUAGUGUUCCAGAAUUACAGUCCGUCAAACACAUAUAAUGUGCCACUGGCACUGCGUAACAAUGACAAGGUUCCUCGCAUGGUGAAGGUGGUAGUGGAAGAGUCCAUGUACUUUCAAGUGGUCAAUCCUGCCGCUGGGUGCAACAAAGUGGCCCCGGGCAUGGUAGCCACGUUCACUGUGCUUUUUACACCACAGGAAAAUAAGGACUAUAUGCAUAGGCUCAUAUGUGUGACCGAAAGAGAGAAGUUUGAAGUGCCAAUCCGCGCAAUUGGGCCCAGAGCCAUCCUGGACUUCCCCGACCAAGUGUACUUCCCCUUGUGUCCUGUCAAGUGCAUGAAUGAGAAGAUCCUGUUAGUUCGCAACGUUGGCACCUGUGAGGCCAAAUUUCAGCUCCGCACCUGCAGUCCCUUCUCGGUGGAUCCUUCUCUGGGUACUCUUGGUCUUGGAGAGACCAUGCAGAUUACUGUGAACUUCCUACCCAAGACCUCAGGGGACCACUAUCAAGACCUGGUGCUCCACUACCACACAGGUGAAGAUAUUUACAUCAGUUUGUAUGGUGCGGCCGCAGACGUGGAUGUGAAACUGGACCAGUACUCGGUUACCAUGGAGAAAACCUAUAUCUCCCUGGCCAGCCAGCACACAGUGUCCAUUCUGAACAAGAGUGACGCCAUCGUGCAUUACCACUGGAAGAGUUUUGCCACUGAGGAAGAGGAGCAGCAGCACAAACUCAGACUGAAAGGAGUUCGAGAAGAACAGGGAGAUGACAUGGACGAGUUUCUGAAUGCUUGUAAGGUGGAUCCCACUGAGCGGGAGCAUUUCAUGCACCUGUACCGCACCUUCCAGGCCCCGCACAGAGAACAGAGAGAGGAACGCCCAGCUUUCUGUGACCAGCACAUCCUCAUGGAUCCUCUGGAAGGAGAAAUUUGGCCCAACUGCUCUGCUGAGGUAAACAUCAUUUUCAAACCGCAGGAAGCCAGAACCUACCAGCAGAUUAUUUACUGCGAUGUCACAGGCCGUGAGACUCGUUUGCCUCUGCAUGUCCAAGGUGAAGGCCUGGGCCCGAAACCGCAGUUUAACUUUGACGUAUUGGACGUGGGUAACAUCUUCAUUGGCUCGAAGCACAGCUAUGAGGUACUAGUGACCAAUAAGGGCCUCAUAGAUGCCUGUUACCGACUUGUAGAGCCCAGUACAGCAAUGGGUCUCUGCUUCUCCUUCAACCCCAGAGAGGGCAGGGUACCACCGGGGGCCUGCCACGCCCUGGAGGUGGGCUUUACUUCAAACAUACUGGGGGUCUUCUCUGAGGAAUUUCAUUUCAUUGUGGUGGGAAGUCCCCAGCCGGCCAUCCUCACAUUCAAAGGCUGUGUGGUGGGACCCACGUUCCACUUCAGUGUCCCAGAGCUCAACUUUGGGGAAGUGUCCUUCGGGUUCCCUCAGUCCCUGACCUGUUUGCUUCACAACACCUCCCUGGUACCAAUGACCUUUCAGCUGCGUGUGCCUGGAGAUGGUAGCUGGCAGCCCAGUGUGACCAGUGAAACUCAAAUGAAAGAUUUCAGUAGAACAGAUUGGAGACUAGACAACACGUUAACACUUAGACCCAUAGAAUUCACCAUCACUCCCAGGUCCGGUACCAUACGAGCCAUGAGCCGAGUCAGCGUUCAGGUGACCUUAUGCUCUAACACCAGGCAGGAUUAUAACCUGGCUCUCAUUGUGGAUGUAAAGGGAGUGGGAGAGGAAGUGUUGGCCCUCCCUAUCAAGGCCAGGUGUGUUGUACCUGAGGUGGUUUUAGAGAGCUCAGAACUGCAGCUCCAGCAGUGCUUUCUGGAUUACAGCUACGAGCAGUCCGUCAAGCUGAUUAACAACAGUGACCUUCCUGCCUGCUAUGGUCUACUUCCCCAGGACGAUGAAGUCCAGCCUUCGUUGGUAUACUACAGUCCUCAUCCACGUGGAGUUAUCCAGCCACACAGCUCAGAGCAGAUCCCUUUGGUAGUGCGGGCAAAGGCAGUGGGAAAACAGCAGCUCACGGCUCACGUUGCGAUUUUAGGACAACAAGAUCCUCCACUGGAGCUCCUCCUGUCCUGCACCACGGAGGGCCCACUUGUCGACUGCACCCCCGCCAAGGUAGACUUUGGCAGAAUCCCUGUGCUGACGGAUGUUUCAAGGACGCUGCGGUUGUCAAACCGCUCCCCGAUCCCGGGCCGUUUUCUGGCACAAAUGACCAAGGCCAGGCCCCGUUGGCGUGUGGAGCCCAGCGAGGGUAUUAUUCCUGCAGAAGGAGAGCUGGAGCUCAACUUGGUGGCCCAUCUGGAUGACACCCUGCCCUUCCAGGACGAACUGCAGUUGGUUGUUGAAUUUGGUCAGACCUACACCAUCCCUGUCUCUGCCACGGGCAAAGGCACCACCAUUGUCAGUAACCGCCCUUUUGCUCCCAGUUUGGACCUGGGCACUCACUUCAGCUCUGGCCCAUGUCGCUAUCACUUCAAACUGACCAACCGUGGGCGUCGCUACCACCAGCUCUACUGGAGCACAGAGGGCUUCUCCAGUUUCCGCCACAGAGCCCACUUACCUAACGACACCUCCAAGGACAAAAAAAAACGUGGCCACUUGGCACCCCCAGCUCUGGAGCCCCCAGUCUUUCACCUGUCCCCCAUGCGUCUGGACCUCGCCCCAGGACACACAGCUGCCAUGAUACUGGAAGGCUCUUCAGACUGUGAAAGAGUCGUACAGGAGAAGCUGGUAUGCCAUGCCAUUGUUGGACAGCAGAGUGGUAAGGAGUGCAUUAUGACUGUAGACGUCACCUGCCGGUUUGUCUCCCCAGUGGUGGAUAUCUCCCCCCGGCAGCUCAGCUUCUACAUCAAGAAGGCACCAGAUGACGUUUUGGUUCCCAAGUAUCAGAAGCUGGCGGUGAGGAACAUUUCCUCUUUGGCGCUCUCCUUGGAUUUGACUCUGAAUGAGCCCUUUGGACUGUGUGACUGUUCGGAUGAUAACUCAUUCACAACGUCAAAGCGUUUGUCGCUGGGUUUGGAGGAACAGAGAGAAUUGUGGGUGCGUUUUGACCCCUCUUGCCACCAGGACAGCGUGAGCCGCGUGGCCGAGGAGGUGCUGGAAGUUCGUUACCAGGGCCACCCAAGGAGUGACGUGGUACCUCUAAGAGGGGAGGUCCACUUCCCUAACCUGCAUUUCUCCAGCACCACUUUGGACUUUGGCUGUGUGCUCAACCUCACCGAGGCCAAGCAGCAGGUUACCAUAACCAACUGCAGCCCACUGUGUGUGACUUACCGCUGGGCCUUCAUACUGGACCAGCAAGACUUCCCAGUCAGCAAAAAGGAAAACCUAAAACUUUGGUUAAAGGAGGAGCACAUGGAUGAGAAGAACUCAGACUCAGAAAAUGAGAACAGGGAGAGAGGAGAGAGAGCAACGAGCCACACGACCAACAAGCAUCUCACCGUGCAGGAGGUGUUUGAUAUUUUGCCAACCUAUGGGGUGCUGCAGCCCGACGAGAGCCAGCUGGUGUCGUUCACGUUUUUUGGUCAUGUGGGCAUCAGCAGCCAGGUGCUUGCACUGUGUGAGGUGGAGGGGGGGCCCGCAUAUGAGGUCUUACUCAGGGGAGAGGCCUCACAAGUCACCUAUACCCUGGACACCACGGACAUCAACUUUGGGAUGCAGUUGUUUGACUCUGUGGCAGAAGCAGAGAUCACUUUGAGAAACACAGGGAAAGUGGGCUUUGAUUUCACUGCUCUGCUUGGGGAGCAGAAAAUUGACUCUGAGAGCCUUUCACCCGGUCAGCCUCUAGUCAUCCCAAAGAUGGGGCACAUUGAGGCAAAUUCAGAGAUGAAACUUUCAGUCUACUAUAUACCUGGGGUCCCAGAGGUCUUUCAGACGACCUUUAAACUGCAAGUAGCUUACUUUGAGCCGGAGAACAUUACCGUUAGAGGAAAAGGUGUUUUUCAACGGAUAUGCCUGGACUUGCCCCGAAACCUAGAUGACAGUAAGUAUGGCUCAUUGCUAAAGGAGGCAAGGGACUUAGUGGAACGUGAGAGGCAGACAGAGGAUGCACUGAGCAGGCCCACUACUGGAGAGGAGGUGCAGCCCGAUGAGGAUUACAUCCCCACUUAUGACGCCCUGCUUCAGAUGGAAGUCGAGAGGCUGUUGGUGAAAAAAAAUGCCAUGGCAACUCUAGAUCCCAGUAAUCAUCUAGAUUACAGAGAAACAUCAGGAUCCACGAUCAAGUGGCGCAAGGAGCUUAACAGGUUUCAGUUACCUGAGUACAUACUGGACUUUGGAUUUGUGAUCCAUGGCAGUGCACCCACACACAUUGUCAGAGUGACCAACACUGGGCCCAUGCCUGUGUCCUUCCGAGCUGACUGCCGCCCACUCGCUGGCACAGGGUUCAGCACUGAGCUGGACAGAGUGAAGAAUCUGCCUCAUUGUGAAACAGAGACAUUUGAGGUCCGAUUUGAUCCACGUGGUGCCAAUCUGGAUCUAGGAGAGAUCAGCGCUGUUCUCCCAAUACAAGUGGUAAGGGGUCCUGCUGUGAAGGUCCUCCUUCGUGCCGUGGUCACCAUGCCUUCUCUCACAGUGUCCACAGACACGCUGCAGUUUGACAGCGUUCAGUGUGGCAUGUGUCAGGUGACCACGGUCCAGCUGUACAACCACAACACGGUCCCCUGUGAAUGGACCAUUAAGGAGAUGGAACAGCCACAGCCUAAGAUUGACAAGCAUGUCCCCCUUCACCUGAGACGAAAAGCGCGGAUGAAACUGCGUCCUCCUCCCGUUGUUUUUGAGGCGCAGCCAGCCGAAGGGGUUCUGUUUCCGGGUGACAGAGUCAACGUUCAGGUCAAAUUCAGCCCAACAGAGAGGAAGUCAUACAGUCAGAGACUGGUGGUAACUGUAGCCCGGAGCACAGAGAGAAUCCUGUUGCUAGCCCAGGGACAAGGUGAAGAGCCCCAGCUGGAAUUCUCCUCCUUUCUGCUGGAGCUGGGACCUACCCUACCCCAGAGUGCUGGAGAGGACGCUGAGGUGCUCGUCCACAAUCCCUGCCCAUUCCCCGUUGAAUUCUACUCCCUGGAGUUUGACACACAGUACCUUGAAGAGGAGAAAAUUUUGAGGAUGAUAAAAGGCUAUGAUGAGCAGAACAUUCUGCUGUUGCCCCCUCGUGCCCCGGGCGAGACUCUUCCUCCUGAACUCCUGGAAUACUAUGAAGAACAUUGUUCCCCUGAGAAAGAACAAGGUAGGACUUCGCCCCAUCACCCACCUGAUUCUUAUUCAGGUCACUACUUCUUUCAUGACAUGCAACCAGAAACAAAUGACAUAUGGCCAGAAAUUGAAAGCAGGGUGAGCAGUGGGGUGGGAGACCUAGAGAUGGACCCAGUGUCCAGAGCUAAUGCUCGAUACAUGGGUAUAGACUUGUCUCCAGAGGGCCAGGCUGCCCGAAACCGCAGAGGCAUCGCCAUCAUAAUUCAUGGUGCUCCCUUUUCAGGUAAGACGCCGACGGCCGUGGCCCUGGCUAAGCUCUACUCUGUGGCCUGCUUGAGCAUCGACGCAGUGGUGUCUGAGGCUGUGUCGAGCGGGGAGAGCGCGGCCUGUCUGCAGGCCAGGGAGCUGUGUGCCAAGGCUGCCGCGGAACAUGCUCAAAGGAAAGAGGAGGAGACUGCCCUGGCUGUAGCAGAUGCAGUGGGUCCAGGUGCACUCAGUGUUGAAGCUCUAGCCAAACACACAACUGACAGCAGCCAAAUGAAAGAGUCUAAAGCUGUACCCUCCUCUGCCUCUACCCGCAACAAGACCAACAUCACAGGAAGCAGGAGGAGGGAUAGUACACAGCCACCAAUGGUAAUCCCACCUCACUAUCUACUCUCCUCUUGUCUGUUACUUUCACAGGAGAUCCUGAGCUGCUUGCUGCCCGAUGAGCUGCUGGUGGAAAUCCUAUCAGAGAGGCUGCAGCUUAGCGACUGUUACCAUGGUGUUGUGAUUGACGGGUUAGAGACGGUGUAUUGCCAGUCCAUUAGUAGCACACUACAGAUUAUCCUCAAAGCCUUCAACAACCGGCGUCACAUCUAUAUGGUCAACCGCUCAGACAACUAUGAUGAUUUCAAGGCAAGGGAGAAAGCAGAAAGAGUGGCAGAAGAAACUAAGCGAAGACAAGAGGAAGAGAAAUUGAAACUGUUCCCUCUAGAGAUGGAUGAGGAAGAAUAUGAUAACCUGCCAGAGGAUGAGAAAGAUCGAAUAGACCUCAAAUAUCUGGAAGAACUGAGAGAACAGAGAAAGGAAAGGGAGAAAGAGGAGAAGACACAACAGGAGGAAUAUGAAAAACUGAGAGAAGAAGAAGAAAUGAGGAAAAGGAGCAAGAAAGGGAAGAAGGAGACAUCCAAAAAGGAUCUAUCCGAUAAGGGAAGCCAGCAGGGUCACAAAGAGCUUAAAGAGGGCAGAAGCAUGCCUUGUGGCACUGAGUCCAAAGAGGUUACAGACUCACCCACAGACGGCACGAGGGAGCCCGAGGAUGGGCUCAAAAGGAAGAGAAGUAAGAGAGGCAAGCCAGAGGGGCUUGACGGUGCUCUGGUACUACCUGAUGAGGAAGACAGAGAAAUGUCAAACGAAGAGGACAGACAACUGCUGUCCCGCUUCCGGCUGUACGAGCAGAGUCAGCCACAAGUCUUACAUGUGCUGCAGUUCUGGGAUCGUACGCAGGGCAUGCUGCUCCAGGCAAUCCCCUUAGAGGAACAGAGCCAAGAUGUAGAGGAUGCUGCAGAGCGCCAGACACCCUCUGCUAAGAACAGUAAGAAAGAUCGAGAGAAAAAGAAAGCAGGGAAAGAGCGCGUGGAGAAGGACAGGUUAAAGGCGGACUUGUCUGAAGUAAAGUUGGCCUCUCCAGCGCCCAGUCAAAUUCCUCUGUCUGCUGAGGGUACAGAGGAGUCAGAGAAAGAAGGGCCAGAGAUCAUCCCCCUCGUCAGCCUCCCUGUCAGAGGAAAGAGCCCCUUGAGUGGAGCAGAGAUCCUCAACAACACACAGCUGCCUUCGCUCGAAGAGGUUUUGGAUGGUUUAGGGUUGGGCCCUAAAGGCUCUCCUAUCCCACCCCCUACAGUGUUCUCUGUGGUUCCAUACCCUAAGGAGAGACCUUUGCCGGGUUCACAGCUCACCACUAACUGCUUCACCUUUGUAGUGCCUUCUCCUGCAGAGGACUCAACUGCAGAGAAGAUAGAGGCAGACGUGGAUGCACCACCUUUAAAGGAGGAGGUGGUAUCUCCAGCCAAAGGAAGAGGAAGGAAAGCCGAGACAGGUCGGGAGAGCCAGAAAGACAGGAGACGCACGCCGGCAAAGAAAGGACCCAGGAGUCCCUCUGAGUCCCUCUCCCCGUCUCUCACAAACACCGGCACCGUCUUAUCUGACACAGACAUGAGCACUCACACCGGGGACAAUCAGCAAGAGCGGAACCAGAGGCUGACGACUUUCCGCUGGAUUGUUCCACCAAAUGGAGAGGUUCCUCUUAAAAUAUGGUUCCAGUCCUCUGCACCUGGCAAAUUCAGCCAGACAUUCAACUUUGAGGUGAUGGGUACCAAGAGGCGCUACCAGCUUUUGUGUAGAGGGAUUUGUGCUUAUCCAUCCAUCAACAAAGACCACAAGACUGUGUUUGCUCACUGUAAGAGGGUGUCAAAGCCUGAGAAAGACAUCCAGAGGGCUUACAUCAUCUCCUCUGGGCUGUACGACUUUGGCCCCAUUCUGUGUGGGAAGACUAGAGAGAGGUACAAAGAAAGGAAGUAUCCAGAAAACGCAGAGAGGAUAGUCAUGCACAACAACUCCCCAUUAGAUACAGAAAUCAAUUUCUGCUUUCAGCAUGAUACCAAGGCUGCCACCUUCCUUCUGGAUCCUCCCAGUAUGACCCUCAAACCUGAUGAGAAAAAAGAUCUGACAGUGUGGGCAUACCCCACUACCUUAGGGCAGAUAGAGGAUAGUGUGGUGUGCUGCAUUAAAGAAAACCCAGAGCCCGUCAUCUUCCGCUUCGCCUGCAGGGGCGUCCGGCCAGAGCUAGAGGUCAAGCAGAAACAACUGCACUUUGACAAAAUCCUGCUGCUUAGACGGGACACUAAGAACCUGUGCCUGAGUAAUAAGACCCCCCUCCCUGUAGCAUGGAGACUGAUCGGCCUUGAAGCCUUGGGUGAUGAGUUUAUUUGGUCCCAGCAACAAGGCAUCGUCCUCCCCAACUCUGAGUUCACUCUGCAGGUUCACUUCACAGCUCUGAAGCCUAUCAGUGUGAAGAGGACCAUACGCAUAGAGGUUUCAGAUCCAGAGAAUAUCCUUGGUGCUAUACACUAUGAGAAUAUCCAGGUUAUUGCAGAAGCUUACGAUGUUGCUCUGAACAUUACAUUACCCAGAGGUGAAAAUGGUAGGCUUGAUUUUGGAAAGUUCAGAGUGUCAAAAGAAGUGAAGUUGUCCAUCACCAUGAAAAAUAAAACCAAACAUGAAGUAGCCUACAAGUUUCUAUUGGAGCCCACCGACCCCGGUAUGCCCGAUCUGAACUCAGUCUUCACCAUCACGCCUGAGAAGGGUACCCUCCAGCCUGCUGAUCGACCCACUGAAAUCCACAUUAUCUUCAGUCAUGAUAAAGAAGUGUGCAUUAGAGACAAGCAAAUUCUGCGCUGCAUGGUGAUUGACCCAAACCAUUCAAAAGACGGUGAGAUCAUCGCUGUCAUACCCAUCAGAGUGUCGGUCGAGUCCAUCUUCUCCAAAUACAGCAUCUCUCCUCUCAGUGACAUCGACUUUGGCCCGCUGGUCUACGGCUGUCGAAGGACACAAACCAUUACCAUCGAGAACAAGGGUGACUUUGAGUUCCGCUUCUCCAUCUUUAGGACGUGCAAAGAGCCCCUGAUUCCACCUAAAAGCAGAGGCGGUGUGGGGAAGAGAGCAUCACGUGAGUGCCAUUCGGGGAAGCCCCCUGUCAGUCUCAAAGCUCGACAGUCUGAGUCCAUGCUGAACAUGGGCACACAAACCCGUGUCAGCAUGGGGGUUUUCACCUUAUCCCCCUGCUCUGGUGUCCUGGGACCCAGAAGCAGUCAGGUUGUUACUGUCGAGUGUUUGGCGAACCAGGCAGGGAGGUGGCUGGAGUGCCUGACAGUGGACGUCACUGACCGAGACCCCUCAGAUCAUCCUGAUGGCAUCCCUUACCGACUGAUCGCUGACGUCUGUGUGCCAGGUAUUGCGUGUGAGGACAUUGCUUCUAUCUUUGAGGAGCAUAGGCUGUGUAAGAACAGCAAUAUGCUGCACUGUGAGCAGUAUCGUAAUGCCAUGGGAAUUUACGUCCAGGAUGAAAACAAGUUUGUGUUCAAUAACGUGCUGGUGGGCGAGCAGGCUAAAGCCAGAUUUCGUCUCACAAACCCUGUCAAAGUGCCCUGCAAACUGAGCCUCCAUGUCAAAUCUGCUCUCACUAAGACGGCAGGACGUACCUCAGAUGUGUUUGAGCUGACCCCCACCAAGAUGUGCAUCCCCAGUCACUCCCAUGCCUUUGCCACAGUCACCUUUUCUCCUCAGGCCAUGCAGACCUACCGUGCUAUGUUUGAGGCUUCAGUCGAAGGAGCUGCCAGCCUAGUUCCUUCAGGUAAAGUCAAGGCACUGAUGUUUGAACUGUUGGGUGAAGGAAAUCUGCCCACUGUGACUGUACUCAGGCCAGCUCUGAGGAACGGCAGAGGACAGCCGGUCCUACAGUUCAAACGCCUGCUGGUUGGUAGAGGACAAUGCCUUCCUCUGGUGAUGAAAAACACUGGCAGUGUCCCUGCACAGAUGGUCAUUAGUCUCACUGAUAAGAUGAGUACAUUUAGACUGAGAGCAGCCCCAGGAACCAUCUGUAGAAAUCUUUCGUCUUCACACACACAGACGGACCCCGGAACAGACAAGCCACUGGCUGAUAGAUUCAUACUGGUGCUCAAGGUACAAGAGCAGGCUGAGUUUGAGGUCGAGUUCCGUCCAGAGUUGGCUCAGAGUUUUGAAGCCUCUAUACAACUGGUCGUCCAGAAUAACCAAUUUGACCAGAGGGAAGUGCAGCUGUUGGGAGAGGGUUACCGUGACAUUGUUACCUUUGACAGCAUCAGCAGUAAGACCCACCAGGAUGAGGACUGUGCAGAUGACCUCCUGCACUUUGGAGAUUGCCAUGUGGGCAGGUCUUACCACGAGACAUUUACCAUGACCAAUCAGAGCAACACCGCGGUAUUGCGUUUCGAGUGGCCUACAGAUGGACCGGUGUUGCAUUUCUCACCACGGGUGGGACACCUUCAUGCUGGCUGCACCAAAGACGUGACCGUGACCUUCUGUUCAGAGGAGCCCACAGUACUGAGUGCCCGGGCCAUGAAGUGUAAACUGUGCCGUAUCAUCCUCCAGCAGCCUGUCGAUCAGGUGCCAGACUGGGAUGACCGCCUUAGAACCAUCCACUGGGUGAAUACCAGCCAGCAGGCUUCCCCACAGCGGCCAGCCAAGAAGAAGGAGAUAAAGACCGACCCAGAGCCAGCCCACUCUGUGGUGGAGAACUCCUACAGAGAAAUGGAGCUGAUGAUCAGCGCCAUGUGCGAUUAUGCCAAGUUCACAUGUAACACUGAGCCAAUUCGUUUUAAAGACACCAUGCUAUACCAAACCAGAGUUUUCCAGUUCCAGAUGGUGAAUGAGGGUCGCAUAAAGCUGGAGUUCUCUUGGCAGGUUUCGAUGGAGACGUUUGGGGAGAGCAUCUGCUCUGAUCACGCGGUCAAGACCCCUGGCUCUCGGCAAGGCAGCAGGGCCUCUCUGCGAACAGCUAGCUGUCUGGAGAGUUUGUCUAGACUGAUGUUUGGUGAUGCGGAUCUGCCUCCUUUCUCAGUGGAGCCCAGCAUGGGGUUCAUCAGCCCAGGAGCAGAGCAGACCUUCCAUGUCAGGUUCUCCCCUCGAAAGGUGGCUGAAUGUGAAGCCAGGCUGCUCUGCAGCAUCCCUAACCUCAAAGAUGGGCAGGGGCCUGUGGUGUCAGCGAGUGGCCGCAGCCUGCUACCUUACUGUCACUUUCACCUGGAGGACUCUGACUACAUCACUGCAAAAAGAAAUAGGCGCCUUCAAGGGGCCUCUCUGGACCCUAACACUAGGGUGAUAGAGUUCACCUCUGUGGGCACUGGUGUGUCUGCCUACAGAGAGUUAAGUAUCAUGAACCCUACCAACAAACCCUAUUCAUUCACCUGGAGAUGUGACGAUCCGAGUAUCUCACCCUUCACCUGUCUUACGCCAAAAAACUCCAUUGAACCUGGGAAGAAAGUGGAGGUCUCAUUUGAGUUUCAAGCUCAGGACUUUGACCUUGUAGAGUCCUUCUGGACCUUUCUAAUUCCAGAGCGGAACCUGUCUCUGCCCUUCCUGCUGGUGGGCACAGUCAAUGAUCCAGAGGUCUAUAUAGAUCGGGCCCAUCUGAACCUUGGCAGCUUACUUGUGGGGCAAGAAGUACACCAGACUGUGUAUAUAGUGAACGCAGAGGAGAAACCCUUCCAAUUUACUGUCCAGGAAUCCUCCUGCCACUCUGAGGCCUUCCAAAACAGCUUAUUGCUGGAGCCCUUGCAGGGUUCUGUGCCACCCAAAGACAAAUACCCCAUAGUGGUGUCCUUCAAACCCUGUCAGGAGGGCAUGGUGACCUUUAAUGUGGUGGUGAAAGUCAAGGGCAAGGUGGAGUCUCUCUGCUUGAAUGUGAAAGCAGAGGGGUAUCGUAUGAAUGCAUAUGUACUGUGUGAAAGCCCUGAAGGUGCUGUUACAGAGCUGGUACAGAGUAAAGUUCAUCAGGUAGACUUCAAAAUGGUGGAGUUGGGGGAUAAUUCAACCUGUGUUUUCCUGGUGUCCAACUCUGGCAAGUUAAAUCUUGAAGUGGAGUACGAGUUAUGGGCACCCGCUUCACUGCGGCGCCACCUGCAGGUUGAGCCUCACGCAGACGUAGUGGCCGAGGGCCGACAGAGCCGUUGUACAGUCAGCUUCAUUCCCCAGCAAAAAUGUGUGCUGAAAGACACAGGUCUUAAGAUCAAGGUCAAAAAUGGACCUACUUUCAGUUGCUCCCUUCUGGGCUUUGCAGCAUCCCCCGAGCUGAACUUCUCCUUCAUUAAACAUGACUUUGGAAUAAAUUUCAUUUAUAGUGACGGGAUGAUUCCAGCCUCAUGUACACUGGUCAUCAGCAACAAAGGAGAAAGGGGAAUCAGUCUAGGUUGCCUGUACUCCAGUACACCCUUUCUGGAGGUGGAUUUUAUCCCGGAGGUCCUAGCUCCUGGUGCAUCUAAGGAAGUGCUCUUCACUUUCUACCCCCAGAAGGCUGUGCAGUACCAUGAGAUAGUGGUCUUUGAGAUGAACAACUGUGCUAAGCAGGCAGUGGAGAUCCUUGGCUUAGGGGCUGACAUGAAGAUUGGUGUAGAGGACACCAAACAUAAGGUGGUGAAUCUAGGAGUCCUUCGGGUGGGCCGAAAAAGUAGAAGAGUAAUCCCAGUGGUCAACAACAGUCACUCACCGCUGACCUUCUCCCUGCGCCUCAGCCCCUCGGUGGACAAACUGCUGGACUCUCGGGUGUUGUCAGUGAAACCAGAGUCGGAGGUUACACUAAAAGCACAAGGAGGACGCUGUACAGUGGACAUCCUAUUCUCUCCGAAACAACGAAUGACUCCUUUCAGUGAGGAGCUGCUCCUAGAAUGCUUAGGUACAGUGCGCCCCCUGCUGAUCUUUAAGGGUUGCUGUCAGGCAGUGGAGGUCCAGCUUGACCAAGACUACCUGCCUUUUGGAGCUGUUGUCCAGCGUGGCCAUGCAACCAGACGGGUCAUCAUGCAGAACACUGGAGACAUAGGCGCAAAGUUUGAAUGGGACGUCAAACGCUUUGCCCCAGACUUCAGUAUCAAACCAGCCAAAGGAUACAUCUCCCCUGGGGCAGAGGUGCCAUUCGAGGUGACCUUUACCCCUGUGGAGCUGGGUCAGGACCUCUGUUACAAUGGCCUGCGCUGUAAUAUAGAGGGGAGUGAACCUGUUACCCUCACUCUAGCAGGCUCGUGUGUCACACCUCCCAUCGUAAAGGAGGUGGUAAAUUUUGUGUGUCAAGUACGUAAUCAGCAAACCCAGUCUCUCAUCGUGUUCAACCAUACAAACCAGCGAUGUGUCCUUAAGCCUGUGAUAGAAGGAGAGCACUGGAGAGGGCCACACACCUGCAUUCUGGAGGCAAACCAAGAGAGCAAGGCCUAUGAAAUCACCUACAAGCCCCUGGUUAUGACACCCGAGGGAAUCAAGCAUGUGGGCUCAGUGUUCUUCUCAUUCCCUGAUGGAACAGGCGUGCUUUACACUCUGAAUGGCACCGCUGAGCCGCCCAAGGCUGUCAGCACUAUCACACAUGAGAUCCCCUGUAAGACCCUACACACACAGCUGCUGCCUGUUCACAACUGGCUGUCCAAGUCUCAAAGGUUUCGUGCCAUUAUUAAGCUAGAGCGUCCAGACAACACAGUCACGCUAAAGGGGCUGGACUAUGUGGAUGUACCAGCGUUGGCUAAGAGGGACUACCAGAUCUCUUUCUUUGCUUACAAAGAGGGCCAGUACAAUGCCAAAGCGACAUUCCUGAACGAAGUGACAGGUGAAUACUUGUUCUACUACCUAAACUUCAAAGCAACAUCACCAGAAGUGAUCAGCACCAUUACGAUGGAGACGACCGUGCGGCAGACUGCCUCCGCCUCAGUGAAAGUGGAGAACCCUCUUCCCAACAUCCUAGUCUUCAAUGUAGACUGUCGCUGUGCUGACAUCAGUGUUCCUCCUCAGCUUUCUGUGAAUGGACAAUCAAAGGGCACUCUUAAAUUUGACUACCAACCCCUGAUUGUUGGAGAAUCGACUGCACGUCUCCUGCUGCAUAACAGUGAGUUGGGCAGUUUCCACUAUAAGCUGCUGUUGAAGGCCUUGCCCGCUCCACCAGAGAAACCAGUUUACUUUUCGGCCCCACUGGGCAGCAGCCAACACCUCUCUGUCAACUUCACCAAUUACUCCCGAGUCGAGGUUGAGUAUACCUGCAAGACGGACAAUGCAGAUUUCACUGUAGAUAAGAGUGUGACCGUGGCAGCCGGGUCUCACGAGGGCACAGAGGUGAGUGUGAACGUGGGCUUUGAACCCUCACAGCUUGGAGAGAUUCGGGGCACCCUCACUCUCUACUCAAGUUUGGGAGGAGAAUACACCUUCCCUCUGUGUGGUACCUGCACCCCUCCCAAAGCACAGGGCCCCUUUUCCAUCCGCUCUGGCACCAGCAUCUCCAUCCCCUUUAGGAACAUCUUCCAGCAGGCCACCUCAUUCUCCCUCCAAGUAAGCAACCCAGCUUUUACUGUGCACGGUGUGGAGCUCAUGCGGCCAAAGAAGACCCAUAAAAUUGUGGUAGCAUUUGAGGGGUUACCUGCAGGAUCUACAGGCACCUCCAUUGGGACUCUUACUAUCUCCAGCCCUCGAAUAGAGGGCCACGGGCAGGUUGUCUCUUGGGUGUACUAUCUGAAGGGUUACAGCCCAGAAUUGAUCCAGAGGGAAAAGACCUCAUAA